AUGACGGUGGGACCAAAUCAGACAGAAACAAACGUAGUGAACGGCAAUCAGAAACUGCCUCGUUUACAAAUUAUCGAUGGAAGCCAAAACUUCACAAAUGAUUUGCAGCGAUUCAUGAAGGACGAAUGGCAUCUUGCUGACCAUGGAUUCAAUUACAACUUGGUUGCAGUGUUUGGCUCCCAAAGUACCGGGAAAAGUACUCUACUCAAUCGACUUUUUGGUACUGAUUUCGAUGUAAUGAGCGAAACAGCAAGACGCCAAACAACAAAAGGCAUUUGGAUGAGUCGUGGCAAAGAUAUGGAUGUAUUGAUUAUGGAUGUCGAAGGAACAGAUGGACGUGAACGUGGCGAGGAUCAAGACUUUGAGAGAAAGAGCGCCCUAUUCUCAAUGGCUACAUCCAAUGUUAUUAUUGUCAAUUUAUGGGAGCAUCAAGUGGGUUUAUACAACGGGGCUAACAUGGGACUAUUGAAGACUGUAUUCGAAGUCAAUCUGCAAUUAUUCCAAGCUGCAAGAGGAAAAGAAAAGACGCUCUUGUUUUUUGUCGUAAGAGAUCACGUCGGCACAACCCCCUUGGCAAACCUCUCUGCUACAUUGACUGCUGACUUGGAGCGCAUCUGGGAUGGGGUAGCAAAGCCCGAAGGAUUGGAGUCUUGUAAAAUUGGCGACUAUUUUGAUACAAUGUUCACAGGUCUACCACAUAAAGUUCUGCUUCCAGAAAAAUUUGAUCAAGAAGCCAUUAAAUUAAGAGAACGGUUUACUAAUCCCAAUAACAAGGAUUUUGUAUUCAAACCAAAUUAUAGUAAAAGAGUACCGGCUGAUGGUUUUCACGUUUACGCUGGAGGAAUUUGGGAUCAAAUCAUGGCCAACAAAGAUCUCGAUCUACCCACUCAACAAGAAUUACUUGCACAAUAUCGUUGUGACGAAAUUGCCAGCGUUGCAUUCGAAGCUUUCUCGGCCAAGAUUAAAGGUUUCAGACAGCCAAUUGAAUCCGGAAAAGUACUCGAAGAUCUCGGUCCACAGAUGGAAGAGAUUAGAAACACAGCCAUCAAGCAUUUCGACAAGGACGCUUCCCGGUACCACGCCGAGGUUUACAAGAGGAAGCGCGCAGAAAUACUCAACAAGACCAAUUCUACAUUACACGUGUUCUACCUCGGCCAAUUGAAGAAUCUUACCAAGAAAGCGUUAACUACAUUUAAGACUAUUGUUCAGGAAAGACUUAAGGGUGAUAAGUAUGAUUUUGCUGAGGUAGUCAUGGAAGCACGCCAAAAAUCCGAAGGCCUUUUCUUGGAAGGAGCUAAAGCUAUUGUCUUGACUGAAACUGAUUGGUCGUAUGAUGAGGAUUAUUAUCAGUUGCAAGAAGAGAUAAGCGAGAUAGCCGCCAGAUCUCGCGUUGAAGAGACGAAAAAGAUGGUUAAAGCAUUAGAGAAAUCGUUCGAGAAUCAAGUAAAUGAGCACAUUGGAUUGUAUCUUAAUAAACCAUCUCCAGACAUGUGGUCAAAGAUUCUUACAAAGUACAAGAGCAUCCGUGACAGCAUCGAAGAUCAGCUUUUGAAGAAAGCCAAGAGCUUUAAUUCAACGGAGGAAGAGAACAGCCAAUCUGUUCAUAACUUCAGAAAGAGGUCAUGGCAGAUAUUGCGAAAAAAGAUCGACGAUGAAGUUGCAGACAAUGUAUUUUUACUUAAAUUGCGCGAGAGAUUCGAGGAGAAAUUCCGAUACGAUGAUGCGGGAGUUCCGAAAGUCUGGAAACCUGAAGAUGAUAUUGACACGCCGUUCAGAAAAGCACGCGAGGAGGCAAUUGAGCUCUUGAGUGACGUAGACUUGGGAGUGUCGUCCGACGAAGAGAUGGACUUUGAGGAGACGUUAGUUGUGUUUUCGGAAACAAGGCAACACGAUCUGACAACGCGAUUCAAACGUGAAUCUGAUGCCUUCUACCUUGAAGCUAAGCGUUCGGUUGUUGCCACGCAAGCGCGUAUUCCAGUCUAUGUCUACUUAUUUAUGCUUGCCCUUGGUUGGAACGAGUUAAUGUCGAUACUAUUCUCCCCUACAUAUCUCAUCUUGUUCUCGUUCAUCGGCGUGCUUUUGACUGUCAUCUACUAUCUCAAUCUCUUUGGCCCAUUGGAGAGCUUUAUUCGACUAGUCGUGUCCGAGUUUCUUGGACUUGGAAGAGAAAAAGUCACAGGUUAUAUUGAAGAGAAGGGAUAUCCUAAAGUAGCUGAGAGGGUAGCGAAGAUUCUAGGAGAAGAUCCGAAAAAACUGAAGACUAAUUAG